AUGGCUCCCAAGAUUGCAAUUGUCUAUUACUCCAUGUACGGCCACAUCCAGGCCCUGGCCGAGGCUGAGAAGAAGGGCAUUGAGUCCGCCGGUGGUCAAGCCGAGAUCUUCCAGAUCGCCGAGACCCUCAGCGAGGAAGUCCUGGGCAAGAUGUACGCUCCUGCCAAGGCUAACUACCCCAUUAUGGAGCCCGCCGACCUCCUCGCCUUCGAUGCUGUUCUGUUCGGUAUCCCUACCCGUUACGGUAACUUCCCUGCUCAGUGGAAGACCUUCUGGGACAAGACCGGUGGCAUCUGGGCCACUGGUGGCUUCUGGGGCAAGUACGCCGGUCUCUUCGUGUCGACCGGUACUCAGGGUGGUGGUCAGGAGUCCACUGCCCUUGCCUCGAUGAGCACUCUCUCUCACCACGGCUUCAUCUACGUUCCUCUGGGCUACAAGACCGUCUUCGGCCAGCUGAGCAACUUGGACGAGGUUCACGGUGGUAGCGCCUGGGGUGCUGGUACCUUCGCUGGUGCCGACGGUUCCCGUAAGCCCUCCGCCCUUGAGCUCGAGAUUGCCAACGCUCAGGGCAAGGCCUUCUACGAGGCUGUUUCCAAGGUUCAGUGA